CUGGGAGCAUGCUCAAUCCCAGUCUUGGGACGUUGUCCACCAGUGUAGUAUGAUAUAAUGUAAAUAAUACUCAAGGUUAGGGAUUGGAAUCAUGUGACUAAUGAGUCAGCUGUUUAAUCAAUAACCGGAUCAAUCGAAUGUCUUGUGAUUGUCAGAAGAGCGUUGUCAUGGAAAUACACUGACUGGCACACACACUGUUGCCAUGUGUGUGCCUAAAGAAAAAGGAGGGAAGUUGAAUCACUUAUAUUUUUGAGGAUGUGUUCUUCAUUGCAUAGUGACACAUUUCCCCUGUGCUCGAUUGACAUAUCUAUGCACGCAAUCACACACACACACACACACACGCACCGCACACCGCACACCGCACAUUCUACGGCACACCCUCCUGAUUGAACAUAGGAACUUGUCUUUCAAAAUACUUCAGGGAUGUUGUGCCAUAAUUGUGUGUGUGUGCGUGUGUUUGAGAAUCUGUGUGUGUGGUUUGAAUAUUUAAAGAGUUAAUCUUGUGUAUUGUGUAAUAAAGUAAAUGUCGACAGAAAAAUUACAGAUUGAGACACCAUGCCUUAAAGGGAUACAAGUUACCUGUGGGUUGGUAUUAGCCUGUCUUAACCAUAUUUAGACUUAAAAUUAAAGAUGUUUAAUUUGAAGGAGGGUUCAUUGGGUCAGCAUUUUCCCCUCCCAUGGUUGCUUCCCUUGAGUUGCAGACUUCCAGUAGCUUAGUUCCUGAAUACAUUCAUUAUUUUGGUAUAAAAUGAUCUGUGUGUUUGUAGACAAACUCAAAUCUUGUUGUUGCUCAGGAAACAUUGCAAGUCCCGAGAGGCAAUUGGGCAAACAUUACCAGGUCCGCAUGAACUCUGCAUAAGCACCGCAGCCCGCUGGUCUGGUGAACCGCUAGCAAUGCUAAGUGUGUGUCAGCUCAGAUGUAACAAGUUUACUUUUGAAUUAAGUGUAUUGUGUGUGUGUGUGUGUGUGGGCCACCAAGGAGAUCGGUUCGGCACUGACCAGGAUGUGCAUGAGACACCGAAGCAUCGAGUCUAAACUCAAACUCUUCACUACUGCUCUCUCAGAGAGUCUCAUCUCUCCGUUGGAGGGGAAGAUGGAGGAGUGGAAGAAAGUGGCCAAUCAGCUUGACAAAGACCAUGCUAAAGAAUAUAAGAAGGCCCGGGCAGACAUUAAGAAGAAGUCCUCUGACACCAUCAAACUACAGAAGAAAGUCAAGAAAGGUAAGGAUGAAGUGCGUCUGCAGCUUGACAGCGCCCUACAGGAUGUGAGCGUGCGCUACAGUGUGCUUGAGGAAACGGAGAAGAGGGCCGUGUGUCGUGCACUGAUUGAGGAGCGCGCACGUUACUGCAGCUUCAUCAGCAUGCUCAAACCUGUGCUGGACCAUGAGAUCAGCAUGCUAGGGGAGGUGACUCACCUGCAGUCUAUUCUAGAGGACCUAACUCACCUGACAGCUGACCCAACCCUGCUGCCACCGGCUAGCGAACAGGUGAUUUUGGAUCUGAAAGGUUCAGACUUUAAUUAUACCUACCAGACCCCCCCGGCGUCUCCAAGCAACAGUCUCUCCAGGAAGGGGAGUGUCAGCAGUAACUACCACCUUGGUUCAGUCCGGCAUGUCCCCUCUUUGGACUCCAUCAGCUGCUCUGGGGACGGUAGCGCCCAGGAUCUUGGGGGCGCAGCCGACCAGAGGGCUCGGGGGUCCGGGGUCAUCGGGGGACCAGAGAAUGGUUCCCUGGCCCCGCCCCCCCACUGCGCCUACAACCAGGAGAGGAGCAGGACCAUGUCCACCUCUAGCAAGUCUUGCUCUGCCAGGGACCAGUUGUCUGGGUGUAACUCUGGCGCCCCCCGGAGCAGCAGAGACUCACUGCACUGCUCUAGUGGCUACAGCACCCAGACCACCACCCCCUCCUGCUCAGAGGACACCAUACACACGCAUGCUUUAAAGAUUGAGCCUCCUCUCUAUGUCGACUACGAGUCCAUCUCGCUCCACGGCGGCGAUGCAGACACCAUCUCCCUCCACAGCCUGCGUCUCCACGGCAACAGCCAGUCCGACUUCGACCACCGGUCGUCGACCAUGCCCCGCAACUCGGACCUGAGUCUGCAGUGCCGCAAGAUGCUCCAGUCCAAACGGCCCUCCUCCACCGUGUCCCUAUUGGCUGAGCCGGAGCUAAGGGCGUCGCACACGGCCACCAUCCGCAGGAAGCCCUCCUCCAAGCCGGCCUACCGCCGGGGCACCAUCAGCGGGGCCACGCCCAUCCCCACCCCCACCCCGCAGGUCCCUCCCCUCAAGGCCCUGGGCGUUGCCGGGAGCGACGAGAACGUCUUCCUCCACCCGGCGGCGGUGGCCGGGCUCUCCCACAGCAAGCAGUACCACACCUCCACCCAGAGUCUGAGCGCCAUGCCCCCGCCCUCACCCUACUACCAGCUGGUCCCGGGGCGCCUGCCCAUCCCAGUCCCCGUCCCCACCGCACCUGUAGGGGGCAGCAGCACCCGGCUCAACCAGCCGCACGCGCAGACCGGAGCUCCACCACAGCACCAACCGCAACCCCAACACCAACCACAGAUCCACCACCAUCAACAACAACAGAUUCACCAUCAACAACAACAACAGAUCUACCAUCAUCAACAACAACAACAACAACAACAACAGAUCCACACUCCACAAUCACCUCAACAACAGAUCCAUCAGCAACAGCUGUAUCAAGUGGCCCAUUCACAGCCGCAACCGCAACAACAACAACUGUUGUAUCAACCACAACAACAACAACAACAACUGAUGUAUCAAAAACAUGAACAACCACAGGCCCACCAGCAGCAUCAACAGCAGCUGGUCCAGCAGCCACCCCAAUGUCCUGCCCCGCCUGCCCAGGAAGAGGCUUCUAAUCCUGGGUACAUUGUCAACUACCAGCCCCCGCCUCCGGCCCUGGGCCUGGAGGAGCCAAGUGCGGAUGUAGUGGAUGGAGGAGGGGGAAGCAUGCAGGCUUGGAUCAGAGGCGUGAAACUCAGACCGACCGUGACCAAUGACCGCUCGGCCCCUCUCCUGCCCCCGGCCAAUCACAAGUGACCCGCAGAGAUGGGCCGCUCAACCUUCUCUCAGAAGUCAAAAACACUCUGUCUUCAAACACACAACCGUGUCUUAGACACCGGGAGUUUUAACGCGCUUCAUACGUUCAAACUUAUUCUGAAUCAUCUGUUAAACGUUUCUUAAGUGUAUUGUGCUUUUAUUUGAUUUUUAAGUUGUGAUUUGUUUGGAUGUUUGGCUGUAAUUACUUUUAUUUUUUUUUACCUUAUGGCUUUUUUAUUUUCCUUUGAUUGUCUCUUUAAGUUGUUGCUUUUUUGUUGCUUUAUCUUACACAAUCAAUGUUCUGUGGCACUGUGUCAGAUGCUGAUUGGUUGUCAGAUGUGAGUUCUUCCUGAUAUAUGGGUCAAGGCCAUCCAGGAUGGACCUGCUGUUUGAACUGGUGACUGUCCCGGGAUGGCUGGGUGGAGCCUAGCUUAGUUACCAGUCACAACAAGAAUGAGUGAGGAAUCGGAAUAAUUGGGUAGGUUAAACCUAUCGCUGUUAAACCUAUCAAACCUAUCAAUCAGACUCUAGAAGCCUAGAUGACAAUCAGUCUCUAGAAGCCUAGAUGUCAAUCAGACUCUAGAUGUCAUUAGACUCUAGAUGUCUAGAAGUCAAUCGUACUCUCGAUGUCUAGAAGUCCAUCGGACUCUGGAAGUCUAAAAAUCCAUCGGACUCUAGAAGUCGAUCAGGCUCUAAUCCGACUCAGCUUCAGAUUUGUUGGGUGUGUGAGGGCAGUGAGGUUUUGCCAUAGCAGGCUAUGAGUGCUAACCUUGUCCUCUCACCAUAGUUACACCAGACUUAUCCAUUCUAAACCUUUAGAUGCGAAAGGGGUGGGUAUAGUAUUGGUGGUGCUGACCGAUAAAUGCAGCCUGUAAAUAUGUCGGGUCAGGAAUAAAUGGUAAUGUACUAUCAAUCAUCAAUCAAUUGAUAUUGGCUACUGUUAACCAGAGCCGCAGAGAUGCCAUGCUGGAUCCGUUUGUUUCUAUUGAUCAGUCGAUCGAAUGAUGGCAGUCGUGUGUAUAUAUUAGUGCUUUCGUUUCCCUGAAGAGAUAUCAAUAUAUAUGGAUAGUAUUUUGUUGAUAAUUGAUUAGCGUUCGCUAUAGAAGAGGCGUUAAGCAGAAGCCUAUUUUUGUACAAAAGUCUGAAAAACAAGCCAAAAAAAUAACUUUUAACAGCUGGAGUUUAACCAGUAGGGAGAGAACCAAAGACCGCACAGACGGGUUUGGGACCAGAUGUCUGUUGCAUCAGGAGAAUGAUAUUUUUGGGCUAGCUUUGGGAAUGUAAAUCGAUUUUGUGUUCUUUGCAAUUUGGUUAAGAUAUAGUUUUAAUUGGAUCCUUUAGCUUUAAGCCUCAUCCUAAAUGAGUCUACUUUGGUUGAACCAAUGACUGUCUUGAGCAGCUGUGAUGUCACUACCUACUGGUAGUAAAUAUUUGUUUUGAAUCAUCUUAAAAGAUCUUUAAAGAAAA